AUGGGGAGAAUUCAUGGCGCCUUUCUGCUUUCAAUAUUCAUUUUACUGGUCUUUCAUCUUACUUUCUCCUCUGCCUCUGCUCAUGACACAAUACACAUUGCUGCUAUUCUUGACGUGACUACACCUGCAGGAAAGGCGGCCAAUAUGUCUUUACACUUUGCUCUCCAAGAUGUUAACCACAAGGCAGCUGAUGGUACUCGCCUCAAACUCACAAUUCGAGAAUCUCGAGGAUUUGUUGGAAACGUUCUGCAAAUGUUCAGAAGUGAGUUUGCGGCAAUCUUGGUGCAGGACUCUACGAUUUCAAAGUUUUUGGCCCCUGUAGCGGAAGAAGUUCAUGUACCAAUCUUGUCAUUCGGCAGAUUUGGCAUUGUAAGUGGGUCUAAAUAUUUACUUCCCACAAUUCAGAUUCGUUAUGAUGAAAUGAAAGGCAUAGCAGUCAUUACAGACUACUUUCAUUGGAAGUCAGUCUCAGUAGUUUAUGAAGAUGACGAAUCAUGGUUAAGUGGUGUUUAUGCAUUGAGUGAGGCACUGAAAGAGUUUCAAGAGGAGUCCGGGAAUAACAGGACAACAAUUUCAAGGACAACAGCGCUUUCUUCUGGUUCAAGUCAAGAACAAAUUAGGGAAACCUUAGUGGAAUUGAAUAACACAAGUGGUGUGAGGGCUUUCAUUGUGCACACAAGUGUGCAUCUGGCUCUCAACAUGUUCGCCAUGGCACACGAGUUGGGCAUGAUCAAUGAAACCUAUGUUUGGCUUGUAACAGACUCUGUUGCUUCCUCUUUGGAUUCUCUGCCUCCUCCUUCUAUCCAAACAUUGCAAGGAAUUGUGGGAGUUAAAAGCGUUUCAACACCCCAAUUCACAGAAUUAGUGCAGAGGCUGCAGAUCAACUCUUCAGACGAUGCCAUCAACCGAAUUGGAGCAGAAGCAUACAGUUCUCUUAAGCUCAUUGCAAGUGCAGUUUUUGCCUUGCGUUCACAGGAUAUAAAGAUCGGAUAUGGUGGACAAAUUCCCGAGAAUGAUACUAAUUCCUCUACUUCGAUGAUGGUUUUGACAGGAGGCGACUUGCUGCUUCGGGAGAUUGUUCAAGCAAUAUCUGGCCCUGUUACUGAUAGUUUGGAAAUUCGUGAGUAUGAGAUAAUUAACGUGGUUGGAAAAAGUCACAAAACAGUUGGGUUUUGGAGAAACGAUACUGGGAGGCUUCAAUCUGCACGCAGAGAAGAAAAUAAGCUGGGGGCUAUUAUCUGGCCUGGUGAUACAACACAAGUUCCCAACGGCUACAGAAAACUUGUAAUUGGGAAGGUCAUACAGAACAAUGCUUCUGAUUAUAUUGAUUUCAUUGGUCGGCUUUCAGGCUACACAAAUGACACAUUUCAAGCUGCUGUGGACACACUCCCGUACAAUCUGCCUUACGUUUACGAGGCUUUCGACAAAGGCAACUCAAAUCUCUCUGACUAUGAUUCAUUUGUAACGGAGUUAUAUGGUGGAAAUAGAUACGAUGCGGUGGUGGGGGACGCGACAAUAUUGUGGAAUCGUUCAUUGUAUGUUGGAUUCACCCAACCAUACACCCAAACGGGUCUGGUGAUGAUGGUGCCAUUGAAAAGAGUGAGAGUGUUUACGUGGUCUUUUCUCCAUCCUUUCACUGCAGCGCUCUGGGCUACAGCAGGGGCAUUCUUCGUCUGCACAGCGUUUCUUGUGUGGCUCGUGGAACAUAAGGACAAUGAGGAAUUCCAAGGGGGAGUUACAAAACAAGUAGUAACUUCAUUGACAUCCUCGCUCUCUGCCUUCGUAUUUGCUCAAAGAGAGGAUGUGAAGAGCUGUCUGGGCAAGGGAAUCGUUGCUAUAUGUCUUUUCAGCGCUAUAAUACUGAACAACAGCUACACUGCACAUCUCGCCUCUAUUCUGACGGUGGAAAGAUUAGCCCCUACAAUUACAAACAUGAAAAGUCUCACCACAAACAAUGUUCGAGUGGGUUACUUGAGCACUUCAUUUGUUAAAACUUAUCUCACAGAUGAUCUGAAAAUACAUAAAGACAGACUGGUUCCUUUAGAAAGUCCACAUGAUUACGUGCUAAAGCUACUAAGCGGGGACGUGGGUGCCAUAGUGGAUGAGAGCCCAUAUCUUGAAAUAGUAAAAUCUCUCUAUCCAUGUGAAAAAUUAGCCAUUGUGGAUCGAGGAUACUUAAGCUCAGGAGGCUUCGGAUUUUGUUUCCGCGAGGGGUCGCCAUUUUUAUCUGACAUAUCUGAAGCAGUGCUAAACAUAUCGGAGCAUCACCAAACUGUGGAGAGCAUCCAUGGGAAAUGGUUUGGGGAAAGAACAUCUUCCCCAGAUUUAGAGACAGUUCUUGACUCCAAUGCCUCUCGCAUAACUCUCACCAAUCUGCGGAAUCUUUUCACUCUCACUGCAUCCAUCUAUGCUAUCGCGGUGUUGAUCCAUAUCUGCAGAAAGAUACAUCAGAAGAGCCAAGAUUUGAUGGCAUCCUGGACAUAUGAAUUUUCCACGCACAUACCAGCUAUGAUCUCGUUACAAACUAUAAGGGUCCCGGCAUCCAUAGAAACCCAACGUUGA